GGCCGUGGAGGCGGAAGUGGCGCGGCCGCGGAGGGGCCUGGAGCGCGGCUGCGGGGCCCGGGGCGGGAGCGGCGGCGGCGGCGGCGGCGGCGGGGGCCGGGGGCGGCGGCGGCGCUCUGGAAGCGGCCAUGGCCAAGCAGUACGACUCGGUGGAAUGCCCGUUUUGCGACGAAGUGACCAAAUAUGAGAAGCUUGCUAAGAUCGGCCAAGGCACCUUCGGGGAGGUGUUUAAGGCGAAGCACCGACAGACCGGCCAGAAGGUGGCUCUGAAGAAGGUGCUAAUGGAGAACGAGAAGGAAGGGUUCCCCAUCACGGCCUUGCGGGAAAUCAAGAUCCUCCAGUUGUUGAAGCAUGAGAAUGUGGUCAACCUCAUCGAGAUCUGCCGGACCAAAGCCUCUCCCUAUAAUCGCUGUAAGGGCAGCAUAUACCUCGUGUUUGACUUCUGCGAGCAUGACCUCGCCGGGCUGCUGAGCAAUGUCCUGGUCAAGUUCACACUGUCAGAGAUCAAGAGGGUGAUGCAGAUGCUGCUCAACGGCCUCUACUACAUCCACAGGAACAAGAUCCUGCACAGGGACAUGAAGGCGGCCAACGUGCUGAUCACCCGGGACGGGGUGCUCAAGCUGGCUGACUUCGGGUUGGCCCGGGCCUUCAGUCUGGCCAAGAACAGCCAGCCCAACCGCUACACCAACCGUGUGGUGACGCUUUGGUACCGGCCCCCGGAGCUGCUGCUGGGGGAGCGGGACUACGGCCCCCCCAUUGACCUGUGGGGAGCUGGGUGCAUCAUGGCUGAGAUGUGGACACGCAGCCCCAUCAUGCAGGGCAACACGGAGCAGCACCAGCUUGCCCUCAUCAGCCAGCUCUGCGGCUCCAUCACUCCGGAGGUGUGGCCCAAUGUGGACAAAUACGAGCUGUUUGAGAAGCUGGAGCUGGUUAAAGGGCAGAAGCGGAAAGUGAAGGACAGGCUGAAGGCCUACGUGCGGGACCCUUACGCGCUGGACCUCAUCGACAAGCUGCUGGUGCUGGAUCCUGCGCAGCGCAUCGACAGCGACGACGCCCUCAACCAUGACUUCUUCUGGUCCGACCCCAUGCCUUCGGACCUCAAGGGCAUGCUGUCUACCCACCUGACGUCCAUGUUCGAGUACCUGGCGCCCCCACGCCGGAAGGGCAGCCAGAUCACCCAGCAGGCGACCAACCAGAGCCGCAAUCCCACCACCACCAACCAGACCGAGUUCGAGCGUGUCUUCUGAGGCUGGCGCUGCGGCCGAUUGCUGCUGUUCCGUCUCUGCCACGUGACUCGCACCGUGGAGCCAGUGGACGUUUGAGAUUAGUCUCCAGUGCUGGCCGGGCUCCUCCCCGUGGUGGGCGCUGCAGGAAGCAGCCAGGGGACUGGAGAGAAGCACUGGCUGCCAGGCCAGGAGGUUGUGAGGGCUGCUGCCCCGCUGCCUAGCUUUAUGGACCAUGUUUGGGGGAGUAUCCACAUACCACAGGACAGGAUGGGGGGCUAAGGGGGCCCUCUGACCAGUGACUCCUGAGAGGCCCUGCAGGGUGGGAGGAGGUGACAGGUCCUCCGCCCUUCCUUGGGCACCCCCCAUUGCGGGAACAGAAGGCUUUGGGCUGGGGCUGUCCCAAGUUGAAACCCCCAGGCAAUGGGGUUGGCAGAAGGAAGCAUUUUACUGUGUUUCGUUGUUCAGUUGUGCAGUUAGGUUAGUUACAAUUAAAAGUUGGCUUUGUUUUUUUCCA